AUGACUAUUUUAUCAUCGCCUUUUGCUCUCCAUAAACAAAACUUCCCGGCUGUCGUCGGCCAUCGUGGUUUCAAAGGCAGAUUCCCAGAAAAUACUUUGACGGCCUUUGAUGCCGGCGUCACAGUCGGUCGUGCAGACAUUAUUGAGCUAGACGUCCAACUUGCUUCAGAUGACACAGUAGUAGUGUCGCAUGAUCCCAACACUGGCCGUUGUUUUGGCCUUCCAGGCCUUGACAUUCAAAAAACUCCUUACAAGGGCGUACUAGAUAUCCUCGUGAGCACGGGGAAGCUCACAAGUUCAUAUUCAUCAAAUGCGCAGGCCCUAAAACAGGAAUCCGCCCGCUCAAGUGGCAAAGAAAGUAAUAAAGACAAUGGAAAUACUACAACUACAACAAAUGCGAAAAAACCAUCAGAUGCAGAAUUGGAAGCUUUUGGAAUGCCAACUUUUUAUGCUGCCGCGCGCCGGUUCGUGGCGGACGAGCGAUACAAGCAUGCCAAACUAAUGGUGGAUGUCAAGAUUUCCAACACUCCAGGAAUCGUGCGGCGCAUUGUUUCUGUUCUUGAGCAAGUUUUGACGGACGUUAUUGCAGAUGGAACAGAUACAGUCAAUUUCCAAGAUGAUGCUAAAACUUUUUGGCAAACCCAUGCUGUUCUUGGGAUUUGGAGAUUAGAUGUUUUGGAAGAAGCCCUGGCUGGAGAAAACCAUGGUAUUCCCUUGUGCUUUAUUGGAGUAUCGCGCAAACUCGCUCGCACGUUUAUGGACCGCGCCGCACCACGGCCCGCACGGGAGUCUACCAAGGAACAAGAAUCUUCCGUGGCAACCUUCCCCACGGACGAAACGGCUCCUCUUCUUCUUCUUCAAUCAGAUUCUAACAAUAGCAAUGCCCAGGGAAGUCAUCAAAUAAAUCCUCUCAAGGCCAUUUCAUUGCACGUAUCGGCUCUUGUGUCGUCGGCCGGAGCUAAAUUACUUCGUGACGCCCAGGCUCGUGGUGUACGAGUUUAUGUGUGGACUGUGAACCGGGAAGCUGAUAUGAAGUGGGCGAUUGCGGCAGAUUUAGCGGGAGUUAUUACUGAUUUCCCAGAUAGGUUUGCAAAUGUUAGGGACCAAGUUUAUGAGAAUGGGGGUGCAGGUGUUGUUGCAUUAAAAGAGCCUUGGGAGUAUGUUUCAUGGACUGAGUGGAAUAUUACCAAUGUACUGCGGUAUUAUAUCAUUCAAGCACUGUUUUCAGUCAUUAUAUAUGUUAAAACGGGCAUAAUUUAA